AAAUUGACCGCGUCUAUUGAUUGGCAAAGGGUGAUCUUGUCUUUAUCUAUGGGUGGUAACGUCGCAAGGAUUAUGUUCUUCUAUUAGCUGCUGCUGACCAUAGAAACAAGGCUGACAGAAGCCCACGUCUACAUAACCUUGUUAUUUGCUGAUUGUGAUUUUUAAUAGCAAUAAUACUAAACAAAAUCACUGGUUUACACGAAGCAGGUUUAUUGAACAGAAAAGCCAUGGAUCGGGAUAUCGAAGGGCUAAAUUGCGCCCUCAACUCUGUGAAAGUAUUGAGGUCGAACGUUAGAAGAGUGUUUGAGACGGUGAGCAACGGGCUGCGCCCCGAUCAUGGAGAAGAUGUGAAGGAGAACAAGUACAUUCUGGAGCUCCAGGAGUUUUUGACCACUGUGAACAACAAUCUGCGAGAUGUGGAGAACUCCGUGUCAAAUUUAACGCCGCCCCCAGGGGCAUUUAAUCUGGGAAACACUGCCUAUCUCAGCCAGGAGACCACGCAGGAGAAGCAGCAGCUUUAUGGGCAGUUGGUGAAUAGUUACAAGUGGACGGAUAAAGUGAGAGAGUACAGUGCUUUGGCGGGGAACAUUCUGGCGUCGAAUUCUUUCAAUAAAACCUACAAGACGUACAGUGCCUCAAAGAGAAGGAAGAACUUGACCAGCACCCACAUCGUUACCCCAGAGGUAAUUGAGAAUCUCAUCAUGAGCAUCGACCGGCUGUUCAACGACGUUACCAUUACCACUAAUCGGCCCUUUGUGCCGAAUCCCAUCAUCCAAGUUGCUUUGGGUCGAGUCUUGAAAGCCAUCAUCGCAUUUAAAGGCCUGAUGAUUGAGUACGUGGUGGUGAAAAACCUGUCCGAAAGCAACGACUUAUGGUCAGAGUCCCGCUACAAGGUGUUCAAGAAAGUCACUGAAAAUUGCCAUGCAGCAAUGUGCCAUUUUCAUUCCCCAAUGAUGCCCGAAUUGGCCGUGCGCUCGUUUAUGCACUGGUUCCACAGUUACAUUACUUUAUUUAGCGCACCCUGUAAAAGAUGCUCCAAACAUUUGAAUUGCAAUCUGCCUCCCACAUGGAGAGACUUGAGAUCUUUGGAACCAUACCAUGAGGAAUGCAAGUGAAAAUUACACUGGAUGAGUUAUAUUACAAGUAUUCUCUGGUAUUCUGUCCAUUUUUACUUUAUAUACAGGGUUAUUCACG